GUGACACUUUGCUGAAGCUUUCGCGCAUUUUGUGUCUCUAUGUAUUGAUUUUAUUUUGGUUGGUUUUGUCUUGUUAGAUAUAAAAAAGAAAUACCAGUACAUUAUCAAAUAUUUGCAUAAGAUGAAAUAUAUUUUUAAUAUUUAAAACGCCAUGUCAGCAAAUGGGACCGGUGGUAUCUACGCGCCUUUGAAACAGUUACUGUCAGACUCAGAGUCUGAAGACGAUCACAAACUACAGAAUGCUGCUCACAUCAAAGCAGCAGACAGUUCUAAUAAUUUGGACUUCAACAGUGGUUUACAAUCUUCAAAGAAUUACAGCUUAAGUGACAUGGACGAAUUCAACACAAACGUCAACACAGUAGAGAGUACAAUGGACAACGUAAGUUUUCUGCAAUCUGAUGUAUCCAACAAGAUGUCUUUUCCACGCCGCUGCGCCUUUAUUACGUCAAUUUUAGUUUGCAUCUUCACUGUAGUCAUAUUCCUUUGGGGAAUUCCAUGCUCUGAAGUAGGUAGCUGCACAACCAGCGAGUGGCAAGACAAAACUACCAGUUGGGAAUUACCUUAUGAUGAGAUUGAGCUGUCUGGUGCUGUCCAAGUUGUUGAUGGAGCUAUACCAAAUACCAAGAAUUUAGUAUUUAUCUAUAGAGGCAAUCAUAUGAAGCAAGAAAAGAACACAAAUGAUAAUGUUAAUGGGGUCUUACUAAUAGUUGGUAACUCUGGCAAAGUUGGAUGGUACACCAGAGAGAACAGGAUACCUACAGAGAUAAAUUGCCAUCUCAUAGAUGUUAAUAGAGACGGCCAAAAGGAUUGCAUUAUCUCAGGUUCAGAAGGAUUACUAGCAGCUCUAAAUCCUUUAUCAGGAACAUAUUAUUGGUAUAUGCACAAACAUGUAAAAGUUAUCAGUAAUAUUGCAUCAAUAGAUUUUCCUAUCCUAAUGAAAGACAUGGAUACAGAUAAGGUUAAUGACCUUCUUACUGUGGCAACUGUUUAUCCAAAUGUCAAUCACAACUCAUUAGUCAUUAUAUCAGGAGCAACUGGUAACAUUAUUGGUGAACCAAUGACAAUAAAUGAUUGUAUAUCAGUUAAAUUGGUCCCAGAAACUGAUACUAUAACAUAUAUUUGUAAAAAUGGCACUAAAGAAGCAGUAAGAUCAAUUUCUCAUAAUAAUUUAUAUCGUAAACUCUUAAAAUUGGAUAAGUCAAAUCAUACUGCUAAUUCUGGCACUGUUACAAAGAAGAUAAAUUUAAGUUUAAAAAAGAAUAUUGGUAAUACAAGAGAGACAUACAUAAAUGGCCCAGGUAAACUAAUUGUUGAAAACUCCGGUGAAUGUCCAAAUUCAUGUAGGGUAAGCUUGAAAUUAUCACUUGAAAAAAAUGGUACUGUGGGUUGGGAAUACUCUGCUAAUCAUGUUUAUGCUAUGAAACCAAGUUCAUUUGCCUUUGCAAAUUCUAUAAGAGGUUUUGUGCUGAAAUUAUGACAGUGGAACAGUGCACACAAUGCAAAGGGUGCACUGAAAAUUGAUGAAGUUCGUUACAAUGUACAGAAUCAGAGUCCUAAAAAUACAAAUGAUAUUUUUUAUUACCGGCCUAUUAUCAAUGUGGCUUCUAUUUCAUCAUUCAUCAAAUAUACAAAUUUCACUGUUCAUGAUAUUUCAGAAAGAAUCGUAUUAGUAUCUUUUGAUAAAAUGCAAACGCAUAAUGUGAAUGUUAGCCAAACUGACAUCGUACAGAUAUGUGUUCGUGGACAGAUAGACACAACCUCGCCCUUGCCCAUUUGUCAACCAGACUUGGAAUAUCAAGAGCAAUCAUUGAUGAUUGCAGAUUUGGAUGGUGAUCAAUCUCAUGAGCUGAUUUCAUAUUACAGCACAUUUGUAGCACCAGAGUCAUAUACACCAAAAAAUUCCAAUCCAUAUGAUAAUUGGCGUUUGACAUCCAUUGUCCGAGUGAUCCGUUUAGAGUCUGAAUUACCGAAGCUGUUUGUUUCAGAUUUUUAAUUUGUGUUAAAGGUAUUAAAGGUUAAAAGUUGCUGGUCUGCUGUAAGUAGCUUAAAGCUAUGUCUAGUCAUAUUUAAUCAUGUAAUCUGAAUUGUUUCUAAAUAUACAUUUUUAAACAAAUCUAUUAAUCAUUCGCCUCAAGUGUUCAAUGUAAAAUAUAUAAUCAUAAUUAUAAAUGUAUAGGAGUAGUGAAAAUAUAGUUAGGAUUUGGAUAUGCUGUAAUUUGAAUCUCAAAUACAUAAGUAUUAGUGUUAU